AUGAAGUUGGUUGUUUUGCUUGUAACUUGUUUGGUUUUGUGCAGUGCAUAUGAACAAGAAGAAGAAGAUGACUUUAAUAUCGACUUUUCGGAUCCAGAAUCGGUAUCCAAUGCACUCCAAGACGAUCGAUUCCAAGCAGAAUUGACGGAAGACGAAAAAAGAAUAUUUAAUGAAAUGAGUAAAGAUGAGCUAGCUGAGUUAUUAACCCACGAUGAAGACGAGGAUGAUUUUGACAUGUUGUCUGAAGAUAAAGAAAUGAAAGACCCUGGGUGGGGACGCCGACGUCGACGACGAUCGUCCCGCCGACGCCGACGAUGGUUAAGAAAAGCUGCGAAGAAAGUAGGGAAAUUUAUUAAAAAGCAUGGCAAGGUUAUCAAAGGCGCUGUCAAAAAAUUGCGAAAAAAGAUUCAUACAUGCUGCAAGACACAUAAAUGUUUCGGUAAAUGGUACUGCCUUGCUGGACACCGAAGAGGAUAACUCCAAUAAAUCGCUUAAUCACUGCUCCUGGAUCACUGAAAGGUCAAAAAUGAACGCAUUUUUAAAAAUAUCUGUAUCUGUAGCUUAGUAUUACGUACUGG